GUCGCGUACCCACUGACCUCACCAACCCUGCUCAUACUUUCCACACAUCUACACAAUGGCGAAACGAAAGUCUGAGAGAGAUCCCGAAGAGCUUCCCGAUGCAUCGGACAAGCGCAAACAGAACGAUGACGACGAGUCGGGCAGCGACGAGGACAUGGAUAUGGUGAACGUCGACUUUGAAUGGUUCGACCCGCAGCCAGCGGUUGAUUUCCACGGCCUCAAGAACCUUUUGCGCCAACUCCUCGAUGUUGAUUCGCAGUUGUUCAACCUCUCUGAACUCGCGGAUAUUAUAUUAUCGCAACCGCUACUCGGCAGCACAGUCAAGGUCGAUGGCAAUGAGACGGAUCCGUACGCCUUCCUUACCGUCCUGAACCUAGAGACACACAAGGACAAAAAGGUAAUCCAAGAUUUGACAACCUACCUCUCGAAGAAGUCUGCGCCGAUCCCAACACUCCCACCUCUCCUCACAACCACGUCCUCCGCGCAAAUCGGCCUCAUCUUGACCGAGCGCUUCAUAAACAUGCCCCAUGAAAUCGUACCACCAAUGUACACGAUGCUUCUGGAAGAAAUUCAGUGGGCGGUUGAGGAAAAGGAACCUUACACAUUCACACACUACCUCGUCUUGUCCAAAUGUUAUUCCGAGAUACAGAGUCAGCUGCCGAGCGAAGACGCACCACCAAGCAAGAAGAAGAACAAGAAGGCCGAUGUGGGUGAGGAGACAUUCUAUUUCCAUCCCGAGGACGAAGUACUGCACAAACAUGCCGUGGGAUACACGAGCUUUGAGUAUGAUACACCGGUGGAUGAGGGCGCGAGUGACAGCAAGAGAGCGUUUCAAGAGCUGGGAGUUAAGCCCAAGGGACACAUGGUGUUGAUUGAAGCAGACAAGUUCAAGGGCGCUGUGGAGGCUGUAAAAACAUUCUUGAACGGGCAGUAGAUAUGGAAUCAUACAUGCAUCCACCCAACAAUAGAACCAAAGAUGGCCAAGAUUG